AUGCCUCCCAAAAAGGUCGUGGAAGAAAAGAAGAUCCUGCUAGGCAGGCCCGGGAACAACCUGAAGAGCGGUAUCGUUGGUCUGGCUAAUGUCGGCAAAUCGACACUCUUCCAAGCCAUCACAAAAUGCUCACUAGGCAACCCCGCCAACUUCCCUUACGCAACUAUUGAACCUGAAGAGGCCCGAGUCAUUGUCCCCGAUGCACGAUAUGAUUGGCUAUGCGAACACUAUAAACCCAAGUCCCAAGUCCCCGCCAACCUGACUGUGUACGAUAUCGCCGGUCUCACUCGAGGUUCUUCGACCGGCGCCGGUCUAGGCAACUCCUUCCUGUCGCACAUCCGCGCUGUUGAUGCCAUCUUCCAGGUCGUGCGAUGUUUCGACGAUGCAGAGAUCAUUCACGUGGAGGGCGACGUCAAUCCCACGAGAGAUCUGGACAUUAUCUCGGAGGAGCUGCGGUUGAAGGACAUUGAAUUCGUCGAGAAGGCUAAGGAAAACCUGUCCAAACAGACACGGAGAGGUGGUCAGAGUCUCGAGAUGAAGAAGCUGAAAGAAGAAGAAGCGACAGUCGACAAAAUCCUGCAAUUCCUCAAAGACGGCAAGGAUGUGAGAAAGGGCGACUGGGGUCCUAAAGAGAUCGAGGUUAUCAAUCCUCUCUUCCUUCUCACCGCCAAGCCCGUAGUCUACCUCAUCAACCUGUCAGAGAAGGACUACCUCCGUCAAAAGAACAAGCACCUGCCCAAAGUGAUGGAGUGGAUCAAAACCAACUCUCCAGGUGACCCUGUCAUCCCUAUCUCCGUCUCAUUUGAAGAACGCCUCGCCGUCAUGUCCGAUGCCGAAGCUGCCGAAGAAUGCAAAAAUCUCAACACGAAGUCUGCAUUGCCCAAAGUUAUUGUGACGAUGAGACAAGCGCUCAAUCUCGUAAGCUUUUUCACCACUGGAACGGACGAGGUGAGGCAGUGGACGAUCAGGAAAGGCACCAAGGCACCGCAAGCGGCUGGUGUGAUCCACACGGAUUUCGAGAAGACAUUUAUUCAGUGUAUCGUGUAUAAUUAUGAGACUUUGAGGGAAUACGGUGAUGAAAACGCUGUGAGAGCGGCGGGGAAAGUCAUGACCAAGGGGAAAGAUUAUGUCGUGGAGGAUGGCGACAUCAUUCUCAUCAAGGCCGGUGCGGCAAAGGCGUGA